UUUCUCUUGCCCGUUUUGUAAACACCACCUGGGUUCACCACAGGCAGCCGAGUGGACAGCCCAGCUGCACCCUUCACUGUCUGGGCUCGAGCUGGAUGCUGGAGGCUCGGGGACCAAUCAGUGACUCUGAAAGAAGUGACAUUGCUGGUCACUGAUCAUGAGGUGCAUCCGUCAUCUGCAUGUGAUCGGUGCCUGGGAACUGGCGGAGCCGCUGUGCUUUAUGUAGUUGCUCAGCUAAUGCCAAGGGAACGGAAACUUGGACUGAGCUGAUGGGACUGGCGGCAGCUAAGCCCUGGUUAGUGGAACUCACAUGUCAGCACCGUGCAGAAUGGGGCCUGGGAUUCAGAACCGGCUUAUGUUGUUUAUUUGUUUAUUUUUGGUGCUGGAGAUGGAGCCCGGGCUGCUCUUCCACUGAGCCCCCGCCCUGUUUACUUUGAGACAGGGUUCUGUUAAUCGCCCGUGGCUGCCUGGAACUUGCGGUCCUCUUGCCUCGGCCUCCUGCGUCGCUGGGAUUCCUGGCGGGUGCCACUGUGCCCAGCUCAGGAUUGGUCUAAAAGUUUCUCUAAAGCAGCUUUUUAAAUUGCAGUUUCUGAUCAGUUUGGCUUAGAACAUAAAAGACUAUUGGUGAGGAUGAGCUGGUGCCCGUGUUCUCAGCCUGUGGUGGGUGCAGUGAUGUCAUUCAGGCCCUGGAGGCGCUCGACGGGAGAGGUUGUCAGCAUCAAGUGAAAGACAAGUGUCAGAUCCUAAUGCUGCCGUGUGCAGUGUGGCCUUGGACCAGACUCUUGACCUCUCUGAGCUUCUGCCUCUCCUGCAAAAAGGGGACCCUGGUCAGCACCUGCCGUGGGUCCCUGAAGACUGAGCGAGCUGCUCUGGAGUAAAGGAGAGGACGCUCGGGAGAUGCAGGCUGUCAGCUCCCGGGCCUGGGCACUGCGGAGGGCCCUGAGCCGGGUGGUGGGGGCCCAGCCCUGCUGCAUGUCUGCUUGAGGCAGCGAGGGAGAUGGGUCCUCGCUGUCCUGGGGACCCUACAGCGCCCCUCUGUGAGGCUGCUCGGGCGGCGUGCUUGACGCACAGGGGUCCCGGGAGCCUGGAACACGCAGCAGGCCCAAGCCUGCCGAGCUGGCGGCCCACGCGCCCACCCCCACGCUAUGAGCUACAGGCAGCUGCUGAAGACGGAGCUCGGGCCCUUCUUCACGGAGUACCUGCAGAACCAGCUGCUGACUCAGGGCAUGGUGAUCCUCCGGGACAAGAUCCGCUUCUACGAGGGACAGAAGCUGCUGGACUCCCUGGCAGAGACCUGGGACUUCUUCUUCAGUGACGUGCUGCCCACGCUGCAGGCCAUCUUCUACCCAGUGCAGGGCAAGGAGCCGUCGGUGCGCCAGCUGGCCCUGCUGCUGUUCCGGAACACCAUCACUCUCAGCGUGAAGCUGGAGGACGCACUGGCCCGUGCCCAUGCCCGCGUGCCGCCCGCCAUUGUGCAGAUGCUUCUGGUACUGCAGGGGGUGCACGAGCCCAGGGGCGUCACGGAGGACUACCUGCGUCUGGAGGUGCUGAUCCAGAAGGUGGUGUCGCCGUACCUGGGCACCUGUGGCCUCUUCUCCAGCGAGGGCCCCUCCUCCCACUCCUGCAUCCUGGAGAAGCGCCUGCUGCGCUCCCGCUCCGGGGACGUCCUGGCCAAGAACCCCGUGGUGCGCUCCAAGAGCUACAACACGCCGCUGCUGAACCCUGUGGCCGAGCACGAGGCAGAGGGCGCGGCAGCCGCCGGCCCGGGCAUCCGCAGGCACUCGGUGUCGGAGAUGACGUCCUGCCCCGAGCCCCAGGGCUUCGCCGGCUCCCCUGGCCAGGGCCCCGCGGGCACCUUCAGGGCCUCCCCGACGCCCCACUUGGGGCCCUGCGCCAGCAGACUGUACCCCCCUGCCCAGCCGCCGGCACAGGGCCCUGCCCGCAGCUCUCCACCCUCCUCCAGCCCCGAGACCCUGGUGGACCAGACACUGGAGUCCGCGGACUCCGACUCCGAAGGGAUUUUCAUUGACUUUGGCCGGGGCGGCGGCUCGGGGGUGUCCGGCUUCGAGGGGGCGGGGGGCCGGCAGAGCGUGGUGUGAGGCCAGCGCUGCGCGUCCGCGGGACGUGAGAGACUUUCCGCCCCAGCCUCACUAGCCCCUUUCGACCUUGUCACUGCCUCAGUCACUUUAUCCCCCAGUCUGCGGAAAAGCCUUCCUGCCGCUCUGCCAGGUCCACUGGGGCGUCCCAGUGGGCACCACCCAGGUGCCCAGCCGGCCUUGCCCAGGGAGGACACGGUGGCUGCCCCUCCCACCUGCCCCGCCCACUGAGAAUGUGAAUCUGGUGCGGCAGAAGUCCUGAGUGCCAGGGUGCAGCAGACCCACCCUGCCCACACGCUGGGGCCACCGCCAGGCCCCCUGGGUGGCUGCCGGACAGGGAGGGGAGGAAUAAACUUGUCUGCCACUCGGC